CUUAACCUCUGCCCCGACCGGUGCUGUCGCAACUGGUAAUACGGGGGCACGUUGCUUCCUUGCAAAGCUCGAUUCUGAGCUGCAGUUUUUAAGAUUGUAUUGUAAUGGCGAAAGCGUGGGGCAGGUGCUUUCUAUUAAGCAGAAAGGUUGUACAGCAAUAGUUGCUUAAUGAGUAGGCUGGCCGUCGGGCAGACCUUGUCUCUUAUCUUGGAGGUAUAUUUUUCCGCCAGUAUCCCACGCCAGCUUCUUCGGGUUCAGCUGUCGAUGGUUCGCUCGACUCCUUGGGGUAUCAUCAGCAUGGGACCGAACGAGAUGAAAGAAAUUAGUAUACAGUCUGCAAAAGGCGUUUGACUGUAGAUGAAUUAUGUUGGAGAUAUUAAUGAGAUGGUGGUGUUCCAGUUAUAUUUCUAUCGCUCUUGUCCAGCUGAGCUGUGCUGUUCCUGCGAGUUUGAUGACUAUGGCGGAAGCCAGGACAUUUGCGACAUCAAUCUUGCAAGAUCACUUGUAUUUACACGAAGUGAGGUUUCUGGAAUACCUGAGCCAUGGAGAUCGAGGAGAAGCGCAUGGGCGGAGUUUCUGUGGUUAGAAGAGAAUUGGAUUCAGAUAGUGCUCGCUGGAGACACUCGCCAUUCCGAAAGAAGCAAAAGAAAGCGGCUGUAGACAUCGUGAAUCUGCUGGCAUGCAUGAGGGCAACAUAGGAGACGUUUCGUCAAUAAACUUGAAUGUCAGAAAUAUAUGGGAAGCCGAGAGCAAGAGAACCAUUCCCAUGUCCGGCAUUUCUCCAAGUUGCAGGUA